AUGGCUGUUCACAUUAGCUCUGCAGCCCAGUGGCGCCAGAUUCUCAGCUCCUCGAGCAUCGUCGUGACCGACUUCUAUGCCGACUGGUGCGGCCCCUGCAAGAUGAUUGCGCCGACGUUCGAGUCGCUGGCCACCAAGUAUUCCAAGCCCAACCGGAUCACCUUUGCCAAGGUUGAUGUCGACAACCAGCGCGAGGUCGCCCAGCAGUACGGCGUCCGCGCCAUGCCGACCUUCCUCAUCCUCCACAACGGAUCCGUCGUCGACACCAUACAGGGCGCCAACCCGCCCGCGCUCACGGCGGCAGUCGAGAAGGCUGUCAAGCUGGCCACGGGUGCCGCGAUGGGCGCCGUCUUCUCUUCGCCUGGGCGGACCCUUGGUGCCGACACCGGCAGCAGCAGAAGCAGCGGAGGCACGGCGGCACGUCGUCCAUCAGCAGGCCCUAUCCAUGGAAGAGCUGGAUGGGAUCUGAACGGAAUGGUGAAUGCGCUGAUCACGUUUUUCGGCCUUUACUUUACUUCCCUGUUUUCUUUUGAUGGCUACAUGGCUGCUCAGAACUCACGGUUCAAUGUCCACAAUCCGACGGUACCGAUCAAUACUGCUUUUGCUCCGAUACGUACAGCUGGCUCUGGCGGCGGCAGCUCGGCUGGCACUUCCAGUGGCAAGGCAAGCGGCCCGGCUCGCAACCCUGCUCAGCCCCGGCCUACUUUCAAGACGCUGGCCGACCUCGGAAAGGAGCUUCAGCGAGCAUGUCCGCGGUACCAGACAUGGCUGCGGCAGGUCUUUGAGAGCGGCGUCACGGCUGCGGCGAAGAGAGAUGGUAUGCAGCGACGCUUCUCUGCGGCAGCAGCUUCAGGGCGCUCCAGAGCCUCAUUCGGUCGCCAGGUCGCUCAACUUCGCUCCUUCUCGACGUCACGUGGCGCUAUACGUCAACAAGCCUCAGACGGUGGUGUGUCUGACGCGGAAGAGAUUGAAGCUGUCGUGCGACAGGCUAGAGCUACAUUUGGCGACACAUUACCCAAAGACUACCUCACCAGCCAGGAAUACAAGCUGUAUGAACGGCUCUAUGGUUCGCCUCUGCAUGACACCCGUCCAGAGGAUGUACGCAUCACGCUGCAGCACCAGCUGGAUGAGGGGAAGCACACGUUGCUGAGAGAGACCGAUGGAGGGGAGCUAGAGGUUGUGGAUUAUGCUGUUGAAGGAUUGCAGCUACGACAGGAUGUCGACACAGAGGCCGUCGGACAGCCGCUGGAGAACACAGAGGUGGAAUAUAUCAGUGCCGUCGUACGGAAUCAGAGGGAGUUCAACGCUUUGCAGAAGCUGCAGCGCGACUUUGAAGCAGCCACUCUAGAGGCGGCACGAAACCGGUCGCGGACGAACCCGACGACGCUGCAGCUGCCGAAGGCGGCCUUUGUUGAGCCUAUAAGUGAGCUGCUGCGACGGACAGACUCGAAGCACAUCCGCGAGGCAGCCGAGAAGGUCUUUGGCGGGCGAGGGCUGCCGCACUCACCAGCAUCGCCACGGGGCAAGAUCGGAGCAGGACAGAAAGCGAUCCCAAUGGAGGCAGGUCACCGGCGGAUGUCGGAGAUUGAGGCGGACACGUUUAUCUCGACGGUGAUGCCAGGGGUGUACGCGACAGCGAUGAGUGCGCUGGUGGAGGUGCGGCGGCGGCUGGGAUCAGGCUGGAUCCAGGGCCUGCUGACUAAGAGCAACGGCAGCAGCCUGCGGGUGCUUGAUGUCGGCGGCGGCGGUGCAGCGCUGGCGGCGUGGAACGAGGUGCUGCGGUCAGAGGUGGCAGCGCUGCGGGAGCGUGGUGCAGCGCCGUUUGACCGGACAGGCUUUGCUGAAGGCGAGGGCGAGCGAGAGCGCAGAUCGUCGGAGAAGAUGGUGGUUGUGGGCUCAGACGCGCUGCGGCACCGAAUCUCGCGUUUCCUGCACAACACGACUUUUCUACCACGACUGCCAGAUCUGUUGCACUCGGCAGCCAACGUGGAGCGACACCUGGACGCGCCGGCCAGCUUACAGCCACGCAAGACGUACGACGUGAUCGUGGCCAGCCACAUGCUCAUGCCGCUAUACAAGGCAUACCAGCGGCGGUCACUCGUGGCGAAUCUGUGGGCACAGCUGAACCCAGAGGGCGGCGUGCUGAUCAUUCUGGAAAAGGGCCAUCCGCGCGGCUUUGAGGCGGUGGCCGACGCCCGUCAACGUCUGCUGGACGACUACAUCCUGGGGCCGGGCCAAGAGGAGGCAGCCGAGACGCAGGACACGGCCGAGGACGAAGACGAAGCCGUGUCGUCGCCACGCCAACGGCUGCGCGAGCCGGGGAUGAUCAUUGCGCCGUGCACGACCCACGGCAAGUGCCCGAUGUACCUGACGCCGGGCAUCGCGGCGGGCCGCAAGGACUUUUGCCACUUCAGCCAGCGCUUCAUCCGGCCGCCGUUCCUGCAGAAGAUCUUGGGCCGGUCGCACCGGAACCACGAGGACGUUGACUUCAGCUACGUGGCCGUGCAGCGAGGCAAGCAGAACGCAAGUGCGGGUCUGAACGAUGCUAUCGCGCUGCAGCCGCUGCUGCAGGGCCGCGAGGCAGCCGACGCGGCCUUUGCCGGCUACGAGCAGGUGGAGGGCGGUGGUGAUGGCGAAGCCGCAGCCGUAGCCCCCCAUCCUCUCUCGCUUCCGCGCACGAUUCUGGCGCCGCUGAAACGCCACGGUCACGUGAUCCUGGACGUCUGCACGCCUGCCGGUCAGCUCGAGCGCUGGACGGUGCCGCGGUCGCUGAGCCGACAGGCCUACCACGACGCGCGCAAGGCGCGCUGGGGCGACCUGUGGGCGCUCGGGGCCAAGACGCGUGUCGUGCGGGCGGCGCGCGUCGGCCGCGCAGGAGCUGGCGGCAGCGGAAAGCCGGACAAGCCGCGGGUCAUUGACGUCAGCGUCAACGCGACAGGGAUUGUCGGCGCGGCCGAGCGAGAGCGUCGCUCCGGCGAGCGGCGGUCCAAGAAGAGCAGGAGGCUGCAGGAGCGGCGCGACCUGCUGGCGGACUUGCUCGAAGACUGA